UACCAAAUUUCGUGGAAGAAAAAAUAAAACACGUUAGGACCUACACUUAACGCGAUGACGGAAAAAGUACGGAAAUUGCCUUUCAUUUUGGGAAAGUUGAAGAUGGCGCAUAGUAUCUCCUAGUAGAUUUUUACAUCCAAUUUACGUCCAUAAUGGCGAGUGCCAGUGGGAAAACGGGUUUAUCACAUCAUGCCCUACUCAGCUCUCAGAUUGAAGAAAAAUUUUCGGCGAAUCAACAAACACAGAAAAUUUACGACCAGAAAGAUACAUGGCGGCAGGAAAUGGAACUUAUCAUCCAAGAGCUGUACCCCAGCUGUUGCCUUGUGAUGUGUGGUUCGUCUGCGAACGGAUUUGGAAGCAUCGAUAGCGACAUUGAUUUGACUCUAAUGCUGGGCAUCGAAGGCAGAACUGCCGUCACCAGAGACACGUAUACGCUUAGGAGAAUCGAAUCGCUUUUCAGUCGCAAGCCUCGCCGCUUUGAAACAGAGGUUGUUUCAAAUGCCAAAGUCCCCAUAAUUAUUCUCAAGGAUAAAGAGAACUCGUUUGAAACGGACAUCACUUUGGAGAAUUCGAGCAGCUUGACGAACGCCUUCCUAUUAAAAUGCUACUCUGAGUGUGACUUAAGAGUGAAGCCGUUGACAAUUGUGAUCAAACUAUGGGCGAAAGAGGCUCAAAUUAUCGGAGCCAAGUUUAAGAGGCUUCCAGGUUUUGCUAUCGUUCUCAUGGUCAUCCACUUCCUACAAGCCGGUUGUUCUCCCCCAGUCCUGCCUGUACUGCAUAAAGACUUCCCAGAACUUAUCAAAGACACGUCAAAAAACGAAGUAAUUCACCAACUAACCGAUGAAAUUCCACUUCAAAUCCAGACGUACAAGUCAAAAAACGAGGAAAGUCUUGGAGAAUUGUUAAUCGCGUUUUUCCGGUAUUAUUCUGCUUUCCAGUGGGCAGAAACCAUUUCUGUUCGUACGGGAAACACGGAACCCACCAAAAUGCAUUCUAAGGUUUGGCGGGGACCUAAAAUCAGAAUUGAGGAUCCCACGGACGGAGGAAAUGUAACCAGAGCCGUGUUUGACGAGUAUGAAGCCAGGCGCAUUAAACAGUCUUUCAAGACUGCGUCAAACAAUUUGAAUAGGAAUUCGUCUUUGGAAAGUAUUCUUUGAUUUACAUCUCAUCAGAUAAAUAAGUAUACUUUGAGAUAAACCACUCAAUCACAACGAAAUCAAUUUAGACUCGAAACAUAAUUGCUAUUCAUAUUAUUAUGAUUAAUUCAAUUGAAAUUUUGUAAUAUAUAGCAACAGUCUUGUUGCUUUAUAUUAUAUAAUAUAUUCACAUAUGUUAUUCAUCUAGCACCCAUUAAUCUACGCUUAGUCUUUUCGUUUUUUCAUUAAUGUUUUGCCUUAUGUAAAUCCUGCCGCCCUAUAUACUUCAUGUUUCACGCCCCUUCUAGCAGUUUGUGUUUUUUUCCUUCUCUCUAAACCCCGAUUGUGUCGUCCUUCCUGUAUUUCCCUCAUCAUUUGGUAAGUUUUGUCUCGUUGUAUCUCUAUAAUUAAUUUUUCCGUCUUACUUUAGUAUCUUUUUGUAAAUGCUGAGUAAACGUGUUUAGUUGACGCGGGCCAGUGCCUCUUCACUUGUAUUUGGUAUGUCUGACCUCACUGAAGUAACUUGAGUAAGUUCCUAUGAUUACAUAAGGGAGACGAAUAAAGUCUGGGCAAUUCAUUGUGGUGCAGCGCACAAUUUUACUUUUGUUAAUCUUAAAUAUCAUAGUUAAUAGGUUUGUAAACAUUAAAAAAAGUCGUUUAUCAAACACCAGACAGCAAACCAAACGAUAAUCAAAGUGAAGGUCUUGAUUCAACUUUCGUUCUUUCAAAUUUCGCAGCGCUCAUUAAGAAUGAAGAGUUCGAAACUGAUUUUCUAAUUCUCAGUAAUAAACAUUUUAUCCAAGUAAGAUUUAAAUAUUCGAUGAAAGUUACAGUCGAACCUGUACUAAGCGGUUUCCCAAAGGGAAUGGCCAGGGUGACCGUUUAUUACAGGUUUACGGACUCAAUACAAGUUGAUCCGCAAAUAGCUUGUGUGAUGUUCGUGUGUGACAUUUGUCCUAACAGUCCAUAGUAGAAAGAUGACCUACAAAGUAUUGAGGAUACUUGAAUUCACAGUGCUAGCAUCGAUUUCGGGAGAUAAACAUGGAAUACUGAUUUGACUCGAGAGAUUAAAGUGAAAAUUGACGUAUUUAGAGGGUAAAAAAUUUCGGGACUUUAACAAGCGACCGCUUAAUACAGAUUCCACUGUAUCUCUGAUGACGGAUGGAGUUGUUUAGAAUGUCUAGUGUUAUUCUUCCAUUUAAAACUGUUCGCAAUUGAGGAUAUGGUGAAAGCCAUAGCACGUUAAAACCACC